CCUUUCUCCGAUUCGGAACGGAACGGGCGGAGACCGGGGGAUGUGGGAGGCCGCUCCUAUCCCAGUCACAUCGCGGAAGCGACCACCGAUGCACCGGUAGUCCCUGAUGCGCCAGCGGACCUGCGCAUGGAAGCGCUGGCACCACACACGGCCUGGCUUCGAUUUACAGCACCGUUGGACGAGGGCGGCCGCCCUGUGGAGGGCUACGAGAUUCUGGUCACGACGGAAGAUGCCCAGUCUGUGGAGACUUUGCAUGUAAACGCUUCACAGGUUGAUGUGGAAGUCCUUCGCCUCCAAGGAUCUCAGUCUUAUGAGUUUCUUGUGUUCGCUUGGAAUGCAAUUGGCAGAUCGAGCUCCGGUACCUCAGCAAACCUCACAAUGCCUGAGCCGGAAGAACCUGGCGAGCCACAAGGCAUCCAGCUGAGCAAUCUCAGCCUCGAAUGGUCGGCACCCUCACAUGACGGAGGGGCACGGAUCGAAGGCUUUGAGGUUUGGUCGCAGGUGGAUGAGGGAGACUGGGCCCUCGAGGUGACUACCAAUGAGACAGCCAUGAAUCUCACGGGCAUGGUGGGCGACACACUCUACAGGUUUCAAGUCAGAGCUUUGAACCGAGUGGGGGCAGGCGCCUUUGCCGCCGCCGUGGAACUGCGAACGGCGGCCUCGGCUCCGCCGGCGGUGAGGAACCUCGUGGCUGAUGUGGCUGAUAACCAUGUCCGCUUGCGUUGGUGGGCCCCGGAGAAGGAUGGCGGCUUUCCAAUCAUUGCCUACAGGAUCCAAGAGGAAGCAGAUGAGAUUUACAACACCAGCGGCAACGUCACCGAAAUCAUGGUGGAAUCCUUGCUUUUGAACACCUCUUAUCACUUCCUGGUCUCAGGUGUCAACCUCUUGGGCGCGGGCGAAAGCAAGAGCAUCUGGGUGCUGACCAGACCCGUGGUGCCUCAGCCCGUGGCUGCCCCGCGGGUCGGGUCACGAACGGCGUCCAAGCUGAACGUGACCUGGACAGCGCCUGAGAAUGGAGGCCUUCGCAUUGACUUCUACACAGUGGAGAUGUUUGAGAAUGGUCUGUUCCUAGAGGUGGGCAAUGUGACCCAAAAUGCUCUGGAACUCGUGGGCCUUCAAGCCAACCAGAGCUACGUGCUGCGGACCUUCGCUUGGAAUGCGCUUGGAAGGUCUUCCGAAGGUGACAUCGCAGUGCUGGAGACGGCUGAUCCCAGCGUGCCAGAGCAUGUAGAGCAUGUGGCCAUUGAUGUGGUGAACUGGAGCGCCCAUGUCGCUUGGGCGGAGCCGCUGGAGACGGGCGGCCUCGAGCUAUUCUACCAGGUCGCAGCAAGUGCCGAACACCAUGAAUUGGUCUCGGAGACCUCCCAUCUCUCGGCGCUGCUUUCCGCGCUGCGCGGCGACCAGGUUUACAACUUCACCAUUUCGGCCUGCAACAGCGUGGGCUGCACGUCGUCGCUGGAGAAGACCUGGAGCAUGGCGGCCUCGGCUCCGCCUCAGGUGGAGGCCCUUCGUGUCCAGGUGGCAGAUCAGACAGCGCUGCUCUCUUGGGAGCCCCCACAUCACCUGGGAGGAGGGCUUUUCGUGGCCUACCAGGUGGAGCUGGGACAGACCACUUGGCAGGUGCAGUCCAGCAACAUCACGAUCCCUGCGCUGGAGGGUGACAGUGAGUAUCGCUUCCGUGUGCAGGUCGUGACCACGGCAGGUCUCAGCCCUUGGGUGGAAGUGGAUGCCCAGACCGCAGAGGACAGCAUGCGCCUUGACUGGAACCACCCGAAGACUGGUGGCUUCGAGAUUCUCAAGUACCGAAUCUUCGUCCGAUGGGAAGGUAAUAUGACCAGCUUUGUCAUCGAAGGUCUGCAGGCUUUGCCUUCGGAGGGUCACACCGCAGCCUGGCGCUCGAUCCGGCGCGUCCCGGCCGUGCUGGGGGUGCAGGCCGCGCUGGUGGGGGAGACCUUCAUCGCCCUAAGGUGGACUCCGCCAAAUGCCACUUUCAUGGGCUAUGUCUUGGCACUCCGGGAGCCAGGUACGCCUCGCAUGUGUGGCGAAACCUCCAAGUUGGGCACGAAAGUCGUUGCUCAUGCGCUGGGCGACCCUUCCGGUGCGUCACCUGCUAUGGCGGCAGCAGUCUUGGCGUCGAUGUGCGACGGUGUGCAGGAUUGUGGAGGCUUGGAGGCGUGGAGGCGUCGAAGCCGCGAAGCGUCAGAGCUGCGAAGCGUCGAGGAUGGAGAUUGCAAGGGCUUAGAGAAACAGCUCAUCGACCUCCGACCAACGCGGCCGAGCGUUGCAGCUGCCAAUGGCUCGGAGCCUGCCGCUCGAUGCAAUCUCCGCUGCUUUAGAACGCCCCCGCAACGCCUCACCCUGGAGACGCGCUGCGGCUCUGUGGGCGAGGAGGUGCCGGCACGCUGGCCAUACGACGUCCUCACCGGCGCGGCUCCCACGUUGUUGGCCAUGCUUCUCGGAUGUUUAGUGGAGGCUGAAUUGGAGAAGCAACUUCUCCGCGGCCAAGGCGACCCAGGUCUUCGGUAUGGAAUGGGGUGCCAUUGGCUGCGGGAGAUGGGUACGGAACGCCGCAGGCAGAACAAACUGGCGCGAAUGGUGGGUGUCUCCAAGCUGCGGGGGCGGGUUUCGAAGUUGGGAGCAGCCGCGCGCCCAGCUGAAGAUCCCAAGCCUGCGGAGCGCUCGGAGUGCAAGACCUUAGAUGAUUACACAGCGGCAGACAGUCUCCGAGACCGACUUUUGAAAGGAAGGUCUCCGGAAGUUUGCUUGAAACUCAUGUCUUUUCAUGUGUUGAUGCCGCUGCCAAGUGCACCAAUCACAGCCCCUGUGCAGCCGGCAAAGGGCCUGUCUGCUAGGCAAGCGUUCUUUGAAGAAGUUCCUCGCGUACGUGGGAACAUUAUUCCAGAGCUCUCAGAAAUGGUGGCGCAAGCAGCGAAAGUCGCAGAGCUACAGAAAGAGCAGACGGAUGCCUGCGACUACAUGGACUUUAUUUUCGACCACAGAGAUUUGUUGGGCCGCCUCAGCACUGAGCCCUGCCCAUUGGAUCUUCCAACAUUUUCCAGGCCCGACAUGACCUUGACAGACAGUCAGCGGGACCUGCUACGAGCUGCGGUUGAAGGAGGUCUGACAUUGCCGGUGGAAAACAAACAUGAAGAUGUGAAGGGCCUCAGGCGGUUUACGCAACAGCCGUAUGUCCACAAGUCUGAUGAAUGGCUGAGUUUGUUCCAAGCUGAGCCGCCGCGAGGCGUUCUUUGCCGCAUUGCGCGGCGCUUGGAUGUUUCGCUGAGUCCUACCAAUGGCCCCUGGCAGUAUCCGGAGAAACAAGACUUUCGCGAGGAGAUUGCCAGGAUGAGGUCAUGGUACGAACCUGGGCGCAGGAAGUUCCGCCGUGUACAGGAUCUUCGAGACGACAGCGCUGCCCUACUUCCUGGAGCCCCAACAGUGUUCACUGCUAAAGUGAAGAAACAUUACGCGCAGCUGAAAACUCCGCUGAAGGAAGAAGGUCUUUGGAAGUGGGCGCUAGUAGCCCGUGGUUUGCAUAAAGCAGGUGUGCCUGUGGUCAGCGGCACCAUCUCAGUGGAGCAAAAGUGGAGCCACAUCAAGUCCAUGCUCCCGCAAGAAGCACGACGUAUCUCCAUGCAGUGGUUCGACAUGCUCUCCAACUUGUGCUUCCUUCGGUUGAUGUACAGUCAUUAUCAUCAUGGAAGUAUGCCUUCUUGGACGGACAACGACACCUUGCUUUCACACAAGCUUGACGGCCUUAUUGCUCUGGCCCAAUGUUUGUCGAACAUGGAUGGUGUGUUAGACGAGAUUCCUUCAAAUCUCGCCAGCACGGUGCCGCUUGAGGCCGAGGGUGACGGAGACCUCGCCGCAGACACAGGCACAUCCGCAAGCGCGGUUUUUUGGGAUCCGGAGCUUGUCGAAGAAGCCUUUGGCGUCCAGUUCCCCAGCAAGGUGCAUAUGAGAGUCUUGCACACCAAGUGGGCUCGGGCCAUGGCGCAAGGACUUAAGUGGGUGGAAACGCAAAGGUACCGAUCCAAAAGCCUGAACGCAAUGAAAUUUGCGCAGGCUGGUGAGUGGGUAGUGUUGGGGGACUCCCAGCACAUCAUGGCCAUAGGAGUGUGCGCCGGAAAGGUUGUGCGAGGGUGCAGAGACAUUCUCAGCAGCGGUGUCCUUGACCACCUGGACGAGUCGCUACGAGCGGACCUGGAGAGUUACCUCAAUGUCGCUCAAAGCUUUGACUACAUAACCUUCUCUAGCGUGUGCAACCUGACCGCAGGCGAACCCAUCCCAUGGAAGAGCUUCUGGAGUCUGCAAAGUGCAAGAAACCCGAAGAAUAAGCAAGGUUUCCCGCGUGUUGGAGGACCAGACUUGGCCCCGGCACUAUUUUUGUGGACCCAGCAAUUAGGAGCUGAAUGGAUCACUCCUUAUGGCAACCCCGGUGAAGAGUCUGAGUAA